AGGCGGGGGCGCCGGGGACACCGGGAUCCCGCCUGGCAGCAGCCGCCGCAGGCGUGGGGGUGGGGACGGGCCGUGUGUCCCCAGGUGCGCAGGCUGCCCGGCGGGCACGGAUUGCUCCGCGGGCCUCCCGGGUGGGCCUGGAGCGCCUCUGCCGAGAGUCCAAAGGGCGUUUGGGCUCGGAGUGCUGGUCUCCUCACUUCUGCGUCUGGCUCCCCGGAGGGCUCGGGUUGGAUCCGAGGCUCUGCGGGGAGCAAGAAGUCAUUUCAACUUCAAAGCAUCUUAGACUAAGAAACUUUCAACUGUGCUGAAAAACUUAGGAAACGGAUAUUUCCUUCCCUCCUAUUUGAAAGAAUUUAAAGAAGAAAUAAAAUGGCAGAGGUUUAAAGUUAAUAUUCAGGAUGAAUGAUGAUAAUUCAGAUGACAAGACAGAAGAUAAACUGCAGUCCUUAUUAAUCAGUGAUAAAAAUGGAAACACAUAUACAUACAACCAAAAAUCAUCACCUACACAAAACUCUUUACCCAACAAUGUGAUUUGGAAUUCUGCCAACCCAGAUGACAUGGUGGUUGAUUAUGAAACCAACUCUGCUACGGACAUUGGUGAAAAUAUUUCUUUAAAUCCUGAGUGUGUUGAUGUACAUGCUCACCAAAAGUCUUCAAGUGAUUUUAUUAGUAAGGCAGUAUUACAUAUGCAUAAAGAUUCCACAUGUCAGCCCUCUGCACAAGUUGUAAAUACAGAGGCACCCAAGUACUUGCCUAACAAUGACCAUUCCCUAGAACCAUUUCAGGACCAGAGUGUUGAGACAUCUUUGCCUUUUGUGUGGAAACCUAAUGAUGAUGAUUUGAACUGUACAGACUACCCAGCUGCCUUACAGUUAAACCAAACAUUUGACAUGAAAGUGGAAAAUGUUAACUGCACCUUCAUAACACAUCAUGCCACUGGGAAGAGUCAGUCAUUGCCUACCACUGGAACUCUGCUGCCAACUGAUUUAAGUGGAAGUAAAUCUUUAUCCUGUUCCAUUCAUGCAUCUUCCAGUUCUGAUAAGAUACAUGUGAAAGCAAUGAGUUAUGAUAGAGACAGCUUUGAAAACCCUCAAACUAUAGCAGCAGAGGCCCAAGACACAACUUACACAGCAUUUUCUGAUGUAGUGAUGCAAACUGAUGUUUUUGUUCCAGAUGUUGAAAAUCAGUGUCAGUAUUCUUCAAGAAAUGUCACCAGUGAGUACACAGAUGGGUCACAGCAAAGACUAGUAGGAGAAAAAGAGAUACAAGCCCUAACACCAGUUUCUGAUGGCAUGGAUGUUCCCAAUGGAUCUGUAUUACAGGAGUUCUUUUGUUUAUCCAAAGAUGAACCAAAUAGUGAGACACAUUCGGAGAGCUCAUAUGGGCAAAAGGAAAUGGGCCAGAAUCUAAGAGAAACAGUGUCUGAUUGUCUCAUAGAUGAUGACUGCCCUUUACUGGUGCCAGCUUUAGAUAAAAGUAAAGCCCAAGUGUUGAACCCAGAACAUAAAGUUUCUGUGGCUGAAGACACACAGACUGCCUCUAAUGAAAAGGAUUUGGAAACCCAAAAUUGUACUGUAGACUUGAUACCAAGUAGCCCAUCAAGACAAAAGGUGGCUUCCCCUUUUGAAUUUACUUGGGAUACAAAUGAUGUGUUCAUGAGCACAAAUAACACAAUUUGCAUGUCCACACCAGUCCUGGAACCCACGAAUGCAACCUUUUCUGUUUCACCUAUCGAAGGGAUAGGGAAAUGUAGUAAAGUGGAGAAGAAGAGUCGAGAGCUUAGAAAUGUACCAGCGUUGAAGGGAGUACCUAUGAACAUGUCUAAACCUAAUCUAGGAAAAUCAACAACCAAAACAAAUACCCCUAUAGGCAGCAAAGUCAGAAAAACCGAAAUUAUAAGUUACCCAAGACCAAACUUCAAGAAUGUCAAAGCAAAAGUUAUGUCCAGACCAGCAUUGCAGCCCAAAGAUCCUUCUUUAUCAAAGGUCUCACCCAGACCUCGGUUAACCAGUGCAUCACCCUCGUCGGUGGCUUCCUCAAGACAGUUGACAGUUUUGAGCAAAACACCAAGAUCUGACUUGAAUGCAGACACAAAAGCAGAAAUCCUAAUUAACAAGACACAUAAGCAACAAUUUAAUAAACUCAUUACUAGCCAAGCUGUGCAUGUUGCAACUCAUUCUAAAAAUGCUUCCCACAAGGUUCCAAGAACAACAUCUGCCGUGAAAUCGAAUCAGAAAGAUGUUAGCAAGGCAAGUUCUGCUAAUUCAGCAUGUACGACUCCGUCCGUGGCUACAUUCCUUCAGAAGAUCAAAGGCAUAUUCCCUGUUAAAAUGGGAAGCACAGAAGUUUUGGAAAUGACAUAUGCUUCCAACAGCAAUGGGAUUAGCCCUGAAAAGAAGGGUGAAAGUGAAAAUGGAACUCCAAUGGAGAAACAAGAGCUAAAAAAGGAAAUUAUGAAUGAGACCUUUGAGUAUGGUCCUCUGUUUUUGGGUUCUGCUUCAGAAACUGCAAUCCCCUCGGGCAGGAAUGUACCCAAGCCCGGCUUCUCCAGUUUGAGGAAGACACCAGGUCCAAAAGCCAAAGUGGGACCUUCUGUUUCCUGUUUGAGGCGGAAUAUUGACAGCAGAAAUAUUAAUUCCGAUCGAGCUUUAUCUUCUCAGAGGAUCAGGCGUGUAUCCAAUUCUGGAAAACCUACAUCACUGAAAACUGCACAGCAGUCCUGGGUGAAUUUACCUAGACCGCUUCCUAAAUCCAAGGUGUCCUUGCAAACGUCUGUGCUGUGGAGGGCCGGAAGCACCUCCUCCAUUGGCAGCACCCACAGCGAUCUGAGCACUUACAGCAACAAUCCUGGUAAUGCCGCUGUCAUCAAAUAUGAGGAAAAACCUCCAAAACCAGCAUUUCAAAAUGGUUCCUCAGGAUCCUUAUAUUUGAAGCCUUUGGCACCCAGAGUUCAUGCACACUUACUGAAAACUCCUCCAAAAGGUCCUUCAAGAAAAAAUCUAUUUACAACUUCUAAUGCAGUUGAAAAGGGAAGGCAAAAGAAUCCCAGAAGUUUAUGUAUCCAGACACAGACAUCUCCAGAUGUUUUGUCCUCUGAAAAAACACUUGAGUUGGCUCAAUAUAAAGCAAAAUGUGAAAACCAAAGUGGAUUUAUCCUGCAGCUCAAGCGGCUUCUUUCCUGUGGACACAUCAAGUUUGAAGCAUUAACAGUUGUGAUUCAGCACCUACUGUCUGAGCGGGAGGAAGCACUGAAACAACACAAAACCCUAUCUCAAGAACUUGUUAACCUCCGGGGAGAGCUAGUCACUGCUUCAACCACCUGUGAGAAAUUAGAAAAAGCCAGGAAUGAGUUGCAAAUAGCUUAUGAAGGAUUUGUCCAGAAGCUAAACCAGCAGCACCAAACUGAUCUAACAGAGCUAGAGAGUCGGCUUAAAGAAUUCUACACUGGGGAGUGUGAAAAGCUUCAGAACAUUUACAUCGAAGAAGCAGAGAAGUAUAAAACUCAAUUGCAAGAGCAGUUUGACAACUUAAAUGCUGCCCAUGAAACUUCUAAGUUGGAAAUUGAAGCUAGCCACUCAGAGAAAGUAGAAUUGCUAAAGAAGGCCUAUGAAACCUCCCUUUCAGAAAUCAAGAAAAGCCAUGAAUUAGAAAAGAAAUCACUUGAGGAUUUGCUUUAUGAGAAGCAGGAAUCCCUAGAGAAACAAAUUAGUGAUCUGAAGAAUGAAAACGAGGCUUUAAAUGAAAAGCUAAAAUCAGAAGAACAAAAAAGAAUAUCAAGAGAGAAAGCAAGUUUAAAAAACCCUCAGAUCAUGUAUCUAGAGCAAGAGUUAGAGAGCCUGAAGGCCGUGUUGGAGAUCAAGAAUGAGAAGCUGCACGAACAGGAUGUCAAGUUAAUGAAGAUGGAGAAGCUGGUGGACAACAACACAGCGCUGGUUGACAGACUGAAGCGAUUCCAGCAGGAGAAUGAGGAGUUAAAAGCUCGAAUGGACAAGCACGUGGCGAUUUCAAGGCAACUUUCCACCGAGCAAGCUGUUCUGCAGGAGUCGUUGGAGAAGGAGUCGAAAGUCAACAAGCGCCUCUCCAUGGAAAAUGAGGAGCUGCUGUGGAAGCUACACAACGGGGACUUGUGCAGCCCCAAGAGGUCCCCCACGUCUUCUGCUAUCCCCUUCCAGUCACCAAGGAAUUCUGGCUCCUUCCCCAGCCCCAACGUUUCUCCCAGAUGACGCUUUCUGAAAGCGGGGAGACUGUCUGAAAGCAUUUUUCCAGGUCUGUAGGACUGACCCUAACCGUGGUCCUGGGAGCAAGAGCUGUGUAGCUGAUGCGUAGUUAUCGCACUAGAACUGGAAAGUCGCCACCCCCAGCAUUGGCUCCUUAUGAGACUGGAACUCUGGAGGAAGACCUGACUGGGUCCAAGAGACUCCUCCCCCGAUGAUCUGCACGGACGCUGUUGCACAAAGCACUUAACGAAUAAGAAGGUGAAGGUCUUGUUCAUUGCCUUUUUCACGUAAGCAUAGGGGAAAAACUCUCAGGGUUCUCUUAAGAUUUAUAACCUUUAUAAUGUUCUUCACCAUAGACACCUUCUUGUGAUUUUUGAGGAUGUGUGAAUGAAAUGGAUGUAGCGGGGUGUCGUGUGUCUGAUGCUGCCUAAUUUGCUGUGUGUUAAAAGUCAAAAGCUGAAUAUACCUGGAUAUGUACUAAUCAGAUAAGUCAGUGUAUGCAUUUCUGCAAAAAGCCAUAGAAGAAAGAGCAAUAGUUGCUUGAGUUAUGAUUCUCUACAACCCACUUUGCUCAGCCCUUUGACAUAGAGAGGGGUGGGAGAGAGGGAACAACAGGAAAAGCUUUGACUUGUCCAUGUCUGUGCAUUGUUUCCUUUUAGAGUAUCUUGUUGGGUCUUUCACUGUUCAGCCAUGUCAGUAAAAAAUUGAUUUUUUCCUGUAGAUUUUUAACUUUCCACGUGAACUUAACAUUUUACUACAAUCCAUUUUCUCAGGCUAUGAGCAAAUGUAGAACCCUAAUUUUUCUAAAAAAUCUAUAUAAAGAAAAAGGGCAGCACCAAUGGAUUGCUUCUUUCUAACUUUUACAUUGAUGUAAGCUAUCCUCAUGGAUUUAAACUGUCUUCUCUCAUCCUCGCUUCCUCCGUCUCCAAGCCAGAGCCACAAAAGCAAACCUUCUACCUCCUACCUAUUUUUCUCUGGGACAAGGAUAAUGGAAUAUGCUUUUCCAGAGCCAGUUCAUCUUCAAGGUGCUGAAACCACUUUCCAAAAAAAAAAAAACCAUGGCCUGGAUUUGAUAGUACAAGUUUUCGGAAACUUUGGAGGAAAUAAAGAAUACAAGUCAUUGGCUAGUAGAACUAAGGAAGGUAGGCUUCAGUGCUUAUCGAUGAAUAGCACCGAAUUCAACAUGAGUACCUUGAUUAAACCAAUGAUGCAGUAUUUAAUAGAUGAAAACAGACUAGGGAGAUAAUGCUAAGUUUCCAUGUACCCUUUGAGGAAUCCUUCUGUCCUUGGGAAGGUAGAAUGGCCAGCUGAUGAGUCAGAAAUGUGGCUUACACAACUCUCCUCCAGGCUGCAUUUCAGUUUCUUUUCAAAACUACACUUAUCUCCUCCCCCAGUUCUAAUACUUUGGGGGAGGUGGAAGAACUGGCUCUCUCUCUCUCCCCCUGCAUAUUUUAACAUUGCGAUGUCAGUAUUUACUAAUCUGUGUUGCUGAUGUUCAAUGGCUGUAGUAAGAACAGAUUCGGGAUACUAGAGGUAGAUAUUAGAGUCCUCAUUUACAUGUACACUACAUAGCAAAUUAGUAGUCAUGAUGCAUGGUUUUUUUAGUAGCGAUUAUGUCUGAAGUCUAAACUUCGAUAGUUUAUUAUGUAUGCAGCCUUCCACGUUUGCUUCUAAUAAAUAGGAACGUAGGUUCACUGCCACCUCCUGGAAUAUCUCUGCUUACCCUUUCAAGUUGUUUUCAAUGUCAUCAGCCAAAGUUGGGUUUGCCAUCCAUCCCCUGGCAUGGUAAAUCUUGUGCUGUUCCUUGCUCUCCUCCGUACCAUUUAGGUGUCUGGGGAAAUCAAUCUUACACAGUUUUAGUAUGAAAUGUCUUCAGAGAAGAGAAUGCAAGACAACUGGAGAGAAGAUAGGAAACAAAACAGAGAACUUCGAGUUUUCAAACCAAAUGUUUCAUGUAGGAUGCGAAAAUGUUGGCACGUCAUAAAAAUAUGGAUGUGUAAACUGUAGUUGUGCUCAGUUUGUAGUGAUGAAAAGUGUAUUUUUACUUUGAUCAAAUAAAUAAUGCUGGAAUAUUCAAUAUAA